AUGAACUGUACUGAUGCUCAGAAAGUGCAGUUUGGUACUCAUAUGCUGGAGAAGGAAGCUGAAGAUUGGUGGAACAACACUCUUCAGAGGUUUGAAGAAGAUGGCAUUGAGGUUACUUGGGAUCUUUUCCGUGAUGUCUUCUUGGAGAACUAUUUUCCGGAAGAUUGUCGUGUGAAGAAAGAGGUGGAGUUCCUUGAGUUGAAGCAAGGAAAUGGUACUGUUGCUGUUUAUGCUGCUAAAUUUCAAAAGCUUAUCAAGUAUUGUCCCCACUACAAUACUGCUAAUGCUGAGAGAUCUAAAUGCUUGAAGUUUGUGAAUGAUAGUAGGGAGAGUGCUUCUUUCUACAAGAGUUUGAAAGGGAAGAAUCAAGAUCGUGGGAAACCGUAUGAUGACAAGAGGAAACAAGAUGGUCAUCGUGCUAUUGAUUGUGGUAAGGAUCCUGUGACAUGUUUCAAGUGUGGCAAGAGUGGUCACAAAGCAAUCAAUUGUAGGACUGGUUCAAGUGUGACUUGUUUCAACUGUGGAGAGAAAGGUCACAUUAGUACCAAAUGUGACAAACCAAAGAAGGAGCAGGCGAAGGGAAAAGUGUUUGCAUUGUCUGGUGCGGAGGUCACUACUGAUGAGAGGCUAAUCCAAGAUAUAAGUGAUUUACCGCCGGAACGAGAGGUUGAAUUUUCGAUUGAUUUAGUUCCUGGAACUAGUCCUGUAUCAAUGGCUCCCUAUAGAAUAAUUUUUCGUGAGUACUUAGACAAGUUUGUUGUUGUGUUCAUUGAUGAUAUUCUGGUGUAUUCCAAGAAUGAAGAAGAGCAUGCCGAGCAUUUGAGGAUCGUGUUGUCUGUGUUGAAAGAGAAGCAGUGGUUUGCUAAGAUUUCUAAGUGUGAUUUUUGGUUGAAGGAAGUGAGCUUUCUUGGACAUGUGAUUUCUAGUGGUGGUAUUUCGGUUGAUCCCAUUAAGAUUUCGGAAAGGAUAGGUGAAGUGGCAUACUGGAUUGCAUUGCCACCGUCUCUUUCUAAUCUCCAUGACGUGUUCCACGUGUCUCAGUUGAGGAGGUACAUUGCGGAUCCAUCUCAUGUUGUUCAGUUAGACGAUGUUCAAGUAAGAGACAAUUUAACGGUUGAAACAUCGCCUAUGAGGAUCGAGGAUCGGAAAGUUAAGAAGCUUCGUGGUAAAGAGAUUGUUUUGGUGAAAGUGAUAUGGGAUGGAGUCGCCGAUGGCAAUAUCACUUGGGAGCUCGAGGAUAAGAUGAAGGAAUUGUAUCUGGAGUUGUUCGUUUGA